AAUUUGACAGGAAGAGGAACUUACAGUUUCAGUGGUUUACGCUGUAUGUAACAAAAUUAAAUCACAUUCACGCUGCCAUGGAGGAGCUCGAUAUGCUGUUGGAGGAGUUGGCUGCAAACUCCAUGAAGAAUGACUCGGAUAAAAAGCUCACCCUGAACCUGCCUGCACAGUCCUCAGGGAAUACCGUGACAUCGGGACAAAGCUCUGAGAAAGAUGUCUACAGUCAGCUGCCUGCUCCAGUCUCGGCUGAGGUGAUGAGUCCAGGGACGGCCACUCGAGAGCUGGACUCCAUUAUGAACGAGCUGCUGGGGCUGAACCUGGAGGUAUCAGAGCAGAUGGCUGAAAAAGACACAAAGCUGGAAGAUAAGAAAGAAACCGCAGGAACCAAUGGGGAGAAAGAUCCAGCAGAGGGGAACGCAUCAAAGAACCUGUCCAAGAACAUCGACACCAUUGACAACCUGCUAGGAACGCUGAGCUCAGAUAUGGAGAAGAUGGGAGUGCAGACUGCAGCCAAGGGACACUGUGCUUCCUGUGGGAAGUGUAUCGCUGGGAAGAUCAUCACGGCUCUGGGGAAGGUGUGGCACCCUGAGCACUUUGUGUGUGUGGUUUGUAAAGAGGAACUUGGUGGUAAAGGGUUCUUUGAGAGGGAGGGGAUCCCGUACUGCAAGGUGGAUUACGAGAACAUGUACUCCCCACGUUGUGCAUACUGUCAGGGCCCCAUUCUACAGAACAUCCUGACGGCAAUGGAUCGCACCUGGCACCCAGAACAUUUCUUCUGCAGUCACUGUGGAGAGCGGUUCGGAACCGAGGGUUUUAUGGAGUCUGAAGGGAAGCCGUACUGCCCUAAAGAUUUUUACAUGCUGUUUGCUCCGAAGUGUUCAGGCUGCGGGGAGUCGGUCAGAGAGAACUACCUCUCAGCAGCGAACGGCACCUGGCACCCUGAUUGCUUCGUCUGCAGUGACUGCCUAAAGCCAUUCACAGAUGGCUGUUUCCUGGAGCUGGACGGUCGUCCCCUGUGUUCUCAGCACUACCACACGAGGACAGGGACGCUGUGCGCCACGUGUAACACCCCCAUCACGGGCCGCUGCAUGUCCGCCAUGGGACGCCGCUUUCACCCCGAGCACUUCGUGUGCGCAUUCUGUCUGCGUCAGCUCUCUCAGGGGGUGUUCAAGGAGCAGGGGGGAAAACCAUACUGCAACUCCUGUCACGACAAACUCUUCCUAUAAAACCGGAAAUAUCGCGCUUAUCCCUUAUCAGCCACAGAGUGUGUCAUAAUCAAUAAAUGAGAAAAAAAAACAGAGCAUGAUAUCGCAGGCUUCUUACACGGAACAUUUGAUAAUCCCUUUUAGCCGAAAAUCAUUUUCAUUUAUUAUUAUUCCAAAUAAAUAAAAGAUCAUUACAAAAAA